AUGCCGCGCGCUGAAGUCGGAACCCCAAAAUACCUGGCAAACAAGAUGAAGUCGAAGGGCUUGCAGCGCCUUCGAUGGUAUUGCCAAAUGCUUGUCGUUGGAGAGAAUGCUGGACGCCACAUCUCUGAUUUCUCCGGCCAGUUUCAGUCUGAGUUUGUCACUCUCCUAUCGAGACGAUUCGGCACCAAACGAGUGAGAGCCAAUCAAGUGUACCAGGAGCACAUCCAGGACAAGCACCAUCUGCAUAUGAACUCCACGCGCUGGGUCACACUUACCGAGUUCGUGAAACAUCUAGGGCGGACAGGAGUCGCGCGAGUGGAUGAGACAGAGAAAGGUUGGUUCAUUGCGUGGAUCGACAAUAGUCCGAAAGCGCUCGCGAAGCAGGAGGCAUCGAUGAAGAAGGAGCGUGCGACAAUGAGCGACGAGGCGCGUGAGCGUAUGUUGAUCGAGGAGCAAAUAGAACGUGCGGCGCAGGAGGGGGAGGGUAACGGAGAAAGCAAAUCGGCUUCGCCCCCCGUGGAGGAGGGUUUGAAGCGGGAGGAGGGAGAGAAGGUUGUACUGUCGUUCGGAGCUAAACCGACGACAUCAACAGUGUCGACAUUGGAUACCAACAGUCCAUCGGGCGGGCUGAAGUUGAACGCUUUCAAACCUGCCGUCAACCCUCUGAAGAUAGGCGCAAAUCCCCUCAAGGCAGGCGCGAACCCACUCAAGCGGCCAAACGUUUUCAAACAGGCGACUCCGAGUCAGGUAUCUUCGGACGAUAAGUCGAGCAUGAAGAGAAAGGACACGCCCAUGUCAGCUGCGGAGAGGCUGAUUGUGGAGGACCAGAAUCGCAAGCGGCGAAAGAUUGAGCAGGAAGGGGUGUCGGCCGCCUGA